AUGUCGCAGAACAAAAUGUUUCGCACACUCUUGCCAGCGAAUGAGAAGGACGCGAUAGAGCCCCUGAUCGCAGAGCCCGCCAAAGAAAUGCGGCGCAACUGCUCUGGAACGACACCAUGCAACAGAUGUUCAACUGAAAGCCGCCAGUGUCUAUAUGAUCAUAUCGGUGACCGCCGACGCAAAGCGUAUACUGCCGGGUUGUUGAAUUCUCAUGCUGCUCUUCGUCGACUGGCUGCCAAGCUCCGCUCCGCACCCCCCGAGGAAAUAUCAUGGUUGGUCUGGGAAAUUCAAAGCUUGCCAAACGACGAAGAUGCAGUGAAUUACCUCAUUCGCCUGCUAGAUUAG